AUGAAGCUGCUGGUGGACACCAAGGCCGAGCGCGUGCUGUACGCCGAGGCCGGCAAGGACGUCGUGGACUUCCUCUUCUCCUUCCUCGCCCUGCCCAUCGCCACGGUCGUCAAGCUGCUCGGGAAGGAAUCCAUGGUCGGCUGCGUCGGCAACGUCUACGCCAGCGUCGAGGCCCUAGACGACACCUACGUGGAGCCCGGCGCGGCCAAGAACGCGCUCAUCCGCCCUACCGUGCCGUCGGCGGCGGUCGGCACAAAAGGAUCUCUGUUCUGCUUGCCGGCGCCGCCAACGCCAGUCGACCAGCAGCCCCUCCCAAAGAGGUUCUUCAGGUGCAGCGGCAGGUACUCACCACCCUCGUCGUUUGGUGGCGGUUAUGGUGUCAUCAGAUCUUCUUCGUGUGAGGGUGACUACUUGACGGACACGUGCGAUGCGAAAUGCCCGACGUGUUCUGACUAUUUGAACAAGGAGAUGAGUUUUCUCCCGGCGGUGGGGUCUCGGCAGUCGGUCGAAGCGAAAGCCACAGCCACAGGCAAUAAUAAGAACGGGCUCGUGCGGAGCGUCGUGACGUACACUGUGAUGGACGACCUCAAGGUUGCGCCGAUGUCCACCAUCUCUGGCAUCACCCUGAUCAACACCUUUGGCAUCACGGACAUUAGCAUGCUCAAGGAGAAAACCGUGCAGAUUGGCUACGAGGAGGGCUUGGAGAUCCUGCGCCUGUCGUUGCAGUCCAAGACGGUGCUCACUAACGUCUUCUUGGGCAAGAAAGUACACAAGGCUAGAAGCGAUUCUGACAUGUGGUGGAAAGAAGUUUAG